AGGCCGGGAGUCGGCGCUCAGUGAGUGCCGCCACGAGUUGCCUCGCUGGACUCGCGCAGAGCGGAGUGGCGCUGGAGCAGGCGGUGUCUAUAUAACCGAGGCAGCAACCGCGCGCCUUUCACUCGGGCACAGCCUCUGCCUGGCCUGGAGCUGCAGGUCUCACAGAGAGACCUCUCCCUUGCACCGCGGGGGUUGCCUACCUUCGUGCCGUCCAUUCGUCCGUCUGCUGCAAAAGUUGUGGGCUGGGCGGCUUGUGAGAGGGAAAGAGGAGGCUCCCAAUCCCGCUAGCCAGCCCAGGAAGCCAGUCGGCAGCGACACCAGCAACAUCCUCCGCUUCACUACGCGCGCCUGCCCGGAGCUUGCUAAAGAAGCCCGCGCGCAGAUCCUCAAGCGCUGCCGCCGCCCGCUUCCAACUUCUCCAAGCCUCUUGCUUCUGCUGCCGCCGCCGCCGCCGUUUCCUUGAGAGAAAUGUGUCCUCGCCUCAACCAGAGCGCCGUCUGCUGCCGCCGGAGACUGCCUCGCUUGGAAGCCCGCACGUGCUGAGGUGCCGACUUGACUUUGGCGAAGGGUGGGUGAGUGGCGGCGCGAGCCAUGGUCCGCCAGCAGGGCUCGGGAGGCGUCCCCAUUGGGUGAACCCCACGCACAUGCUCAACCCCCACCCACCCCCGCCACUUGCCGGCUCUUCCUUGGCGCAGGCUUCUCUGGAAAUGUGGCCCCCUCCAAGGGCGCUGCCCGCUCCGGGGUGCUGAAUCCGGCAUCCCCACGCCUCCAGCGCAGCUUUUGAGGGAUGGAGCAGCCCAGACCCUGCCAAGCAGCCCUGGACAGCCUGAAUGUGUUCCACACCAAUGACUCUUUCCAUACCAGGAACUGCAGUGCAGAAGAAAGUGCCAUCUACCAAGAUGCCACCCCACUCUCCUGGAAGAUAGUCAUCACCAUCAUCCUGGCCCUCAUCACCUUGGCCACUAUGCUGUCCAAUGCAUUUGUCAUCGCCACUGUCUACCAGACUCGAAAGCUCCACACCCCAGCAAACUAUCUCAUUGCCUCCUUGGCUGUCACUGACCUCCUGGUGUCCAUUCUUGUCAUGCCCAUCAGCACCAUGUACACUGUGACUGGGAAAUGGACCCUGGGCCAGAUAGUCUGUGAUAUCUGGCUCUCCUCAGAUAUCACUUGUUGCACUGCUUCCAUUCUCCAUCUGUGUGUGAUUGCCCUCGACAGAUACUGGGCCAUCACGGAUGCGGUUGAGUACUCUACCAAAAGGACUCCCAAAAGGGCCGCUGGCAUGAUCGCCUUGGUAUGGGUCUUCUCUAUCUCCAUCUCGAUGCCCCCCUUGUUCUGGCGCCAGUCGAAAGCUGAAGAGAUGGCAGACUGUGUGGUAAACUCUGAUCACAUCUUGUACACCGUCUACUCUACAGUGGGGGCCUUCUACUUCCCCACCUUGUUGCUAAUCAUCCUUUAUGGAAGAAUCUAUGUGGAAGCCAGAUCUCGAAUCUUGAAACAGACGCCAAAGAACACAGGUAAAAGGUUAACCCGUGCCCACUUAAUAACAGAUUCCCCAGGGUCAACUUCAUCUGUCACUUCCAUAAACUGCAAGGCUUCAGAGGCUUCCAGUGAAACUGGAUCUCCGGUGUAUAUGAACCAGGUGAAAGUGAAGGUGUCAGAUGCCUUGCUGGAGAAGAAGAAACUAACAGCUGCCAGAGAGCGCAAAGCUACCAAGACUUUAGGGAUUAUUUUAGGAGCCUUCAUCGUGUGCUGGCUGCCCUUCUUCAUCAUCACCUUAGUGUUGCCUAUUUGUAAAGAUGCUUGCUGGUUCCACAUGGCCAUCUUUGACUUUUUCACAUGGUUGGGAUAUCUUAACUCUUUGAUAAACCCCAUCAUCUACACCAUGUCCAAUGAAGACUUCAAACAGGCAUUUCAUAAAUUGAUACGGUUUCGAUGCACAAGCUGAAUUUUGAAUGCAGUUAAGUGUAAUUCACCAGGGCAGGAGGCUUGAAUGCAUUGUGUGUGUGUCUGGUUCUGCAGGUAGGUGGAUCAUUCUUACCGUGUUACGGUCUCUCUGGAAAGUGAUACUUGAAUGCUAAAAGUGGAGAGGAGAAUCAUGCAGAUAUGGUGUAGCUUCUCUUUCAGGGUGGAUGUAGCUAUAAAACAGCUUCACUCUGAUGCUUGCUUAAAAAUGCUGCUGCAUCUUAUUGCACUCCCACUAACAUUGCAAAAGGAAAUAGUUUUGGCCUUAAAACUAUUGUGUCUCCUGGAUUAUGCCUUGUAGAGCCACUCUGGUAGGAACUGGGGAGCUUUUGGACAUCUUCUUUGGAGAAACCUCCAUCCAACUUGACUGCACUUGAACUGAAAGUUUGUCAUCUAGUCUCCUUUGCUAGGAGACCUGCCUCUCCGCCAUCUGUGUUUGAAAGCCCUAUGCCAACGUUUCACUCAUUUUUUUUUCCUGCUAGGUUAUCUCAAAGACUAUGCAGGAGUGGACUGUAAACAAUUUGUGCAUGCUGCUCAAAACCUUAGUAGUCAUACAGAGCAGAGACCUGGAAAAAUCAGCAUUGGUAGUCUGAUAGUAAUUUUCCCUUACUUGCUUCUAGUGGGCUUGAGGGGAUGUAGGGGAAGAAAAACCUAAAAGGGAGUUUUCAAUUUAGAAACAACCAUGAGAAAAGCAACUCAUUCCUGUUUGGGGGUUUGGUACAGAUGUGCCUCCUUUUCUGUUUAAUAACUUGUCAAGUUGCAGCCAACAAAUCAAACAAAGUGUGUGUGAAUGUGUCUGUGUGCAUGCGUGAGUAUGCACCCGCCUGCCUUGCCUGCACAUUCUGGUGCCAAAGCUUGCAAGUUGCUUUCUUGCUUUUUUUUGGUGUGUGCUACAUGUUCCUGACAUCUUGCAUAUUUAAAUAAGUGACUCACACACUCAUCUGCUGUUACUUCACAUAGUAAUACAUAUCGCUCAUCCUGUGUUAAACCUUUUUCCCUGCUACCUUCCCUAAAACUGCUUUUGCUCAUAAGCCCAAUAGUGCAAGUCUGUCUAGGAAAGAAAAACUGUUUAUUUCUUUUAUUGAUGCUGAUCAAACUACAGUGAUCACAACUAAAAAGACACAUUAGAUGAGCUUUAGUAUUUCUUUUCUGAACAGGACCCCACCCCCCGCCAAAAGCAAGGUGAUUUUUCUUACACUGAUUUCAUAAGAAGAUUAUUUUCACUUCACAUCUCCAUGCUGUGUGAAGUAUCUUCAGGGACCUGCCCCCCUUUCCAGAAAUACUUGCAAUAUUCUAGAAGGAGACAUUUAUGUGCAGUUUUAAUUUUAUUAAUCAUUCCUCUUCAUUCCCUUCCCCUUUUAUUGCUCACUCUAUCCUUCCCCACAACAUUUAAUAAGGAAUGAGGUUAAUGAUGUGGCCCACCUACCUUAUUAACACAAGUGGGCAAUAAGACAAGCUAAGCUUCAGUACUUGGAGAACUGUUAAGCACACACACACAGCCCUAAUACCUGGAUGCAAACGAUCAGCUUUUAUAGAAUUUUCAUUGCUUGGAAUGAACAUAGAGUAUAGAAAAUCCUGUUACAAUCCUACAUUAUGUAAUACAUGCAUGGAACUAUGCUGAUUACACACACACACACACACACACACACACACACACACACACACACACUUCUCAAGGCAGUGAAGUGCUUAGUAAAUAGGUUUGGCUAUGCAAGAGGACCCUGAUCUUAAAUCCAUUUCAUUUUCCUUCUCCCCCCUCCCCCACUACUCCAAUAAGUUUUGGUUAUGAUUUUGCCUUAAGAAUGGCAAUAACAGCCUUUUGCACACUGCUGGGCCUAAUCCGAAAUCUGUAUGUUCCAAAAUGUUCAUUCUUACGACUUUCAAAAGGUAAAUAAUCUAUCUUAAACUUUAGAUAGGAGAAAAUUAAAAAGUAAAUGUGUUAGCUCAAGGGAAUCUUACAAUACAAACAGAAAAUCUGUACCAAUACAUGCAUUUAAAAGCAUACAGAUAAUUGCAUACAUUAGUGCCAUUUUCUGAAAAUUACUUUCAGGCUUUGUAACUAUUCAGUAAUUCCGUAAAUCAUUUCCCUUUUGUCUGCAGAACCAAGCUGUUAUUAUAAAGACUUGCUCUUUGAUACUCCCCAAUCCUUUUGUCUAAAGUCCAUAUGGGUGUGGAAGCAUCAGUGUUGCCACCAAACUGAUGUGGUCCAGAUUGAGUGUGAUGAAAAUGCUGUUCCAUAAUUUGCAGAUAAAGGUGCAAAAGAAGUUCAGCACUAACUAAAAGCUUGCAAGGUUUGUGUUUUCACUGGAAUCUUACGGGCUUUCAGGGGGUAGCUUCUGCCACUGUUGAUACACCACCCCAAUUUGGUUCAAAACUGGAUGUAUUUUGCUAUGUCCAUGUGCAAGGAGUAAGAACUGAGGCAGAACAUCUGAAUGAUGAUCCCCAUGAUGGUAAAAAAUAUAACUAAACAACUGACAAUAGUAUCCUAGGAACAUAGGAAGCUGCUAUAUACUGAGUCAGACAUUUAGCUUAGUAUUACCUGCACAGACUGCCAAUGGCUUCUCUCCAAGGUAAGAGGCAGGAGUCUCUCUCAGCCCUAUCAUGGUGAUGCCAGGGAGGGAACUUGGAACCUUCUGCCUGCAAGUAUGCAGAUGCUUUUCCCAGAGUGACCCCAUCCCCUGAGGGGAAUAUUUCACAGUGCUUGCAUGUAAUCUCCCAUUCAAAUGCAAACCAACCAGGGCAGACCCUGCUUAGCAAAAGGGGCAAAUCAUGCUUGCUACCACCAGACCCUACCUCUUCAUGUAUUAUUGUUUACCACCUGAGGCAAGGUCUAAUGAGACUGGCCCUGGGUGUGAAGUUGAAUGUAGAGGAAACGCUCUUUACCCUGUCUCUGCAAGCUCUAUAAAGCUGGAAGGAACUGGAGGAUGGAUCUCAGCCACCCCAAUAGCAUGGCCUUCUUCUUGUCCUACCUCAUGUCAAUCAGUCAGCAUAGGAGGGGCAACAGGAAUGCCUGCUGCCCUGUACACUUCUUCUACACCUCUCCCAUGGAGUAACAUUGACAUUUUUCCAUUGAAGCAGAACAUCAACAGAGUCCUGCUGUUGAAACUUGUAUUUAUUUCACUUUGCACAGUAGUGGCAAUGCACAUGGUGCUUUCCAGAGCACCAUACUUAAACACCCACCCAAAGAAACAGGUCACUGUCCCAAUGGGCUUAAGGAUGCCACAGAAGCAAGAGAUGAAUGUGAACAAAUGUACUAACACAUACUUACAAUUGGUUUUGGAUUCCCUGAAAUGCAAUUGAAAUUGGAUUGACUUUUAAAUGCAGCUGUUAUGGCAUCUGUAUAUGUAUCCAAUUCUUGGUUUGUUUGUUUUUUAAGAACCCUUCACCCAGGUUGAAAAGAAACUGAGCAAAAUACUCAAUUGAUCUACCAAGCUUAACACACUCUCCCCUCCCCUCCCUCCCUCUCUCCACUCUCUUUCUUUUGCUUUUCUCUCCUGAUUUGCAUGGGUGUACAGCAAAAGCUGAGGUGUGGAUGUCUAUGUAUGAUUAUAUUUGGAGUUAAUUCCCCCCUCCCUUUUGACUUGAAAGAGUUGCUAAUCUCAUUUCGAUGGGCCAGAAAUGUAAAUUGAUGCACUUAAAAAUAACCAUACAGCAGGUAUUCUCCAAAUCUGUCUGUUGGUCAAAAGCAAGGGAAUGUUCAAGAAAUAUAUAUUUUUAUGAAAGCAGCAAAUGCAGUUACUGUAGCAAAGAUGUAGAAUGUAGCCAACUACCCUACACAAAAGAUGGCUCGGCCUGUAGCAGGAAGUUUAAUGGACUGUUCACCAUUUAAUAAUUGGCAUUGCUUGCACUACAGUGUUCUUCAUAAGUGAAGUACCUCGCACUCCUGCUUUGGGAACAUAAGAGGGAAAAACAUGAAAGUCUAAUUCUCUUUCUCUGCCCCCUCCCUUACCUAACUGGGAAUAAAAAAUAGCCAUUUGAUGUUGUGACUAUAUAGCUUUUCCCAUAUACGUGUCAGCCGCACACUGUUACCUCAUCAAACACUGAGGAAUCUAGAACCUUCUGAAAUGCCUGACCUGCUGGGGGUUCUGAUCCAGUAGGACUCUGAAGGAGGAGUUUCUGUUCCUACUACAUCAUCUGCAGAAUAAACGCUUAACACAAAAUCUGAAUAAACUGAUGUUACUGAAGUUUGAUCCAACUUCAUUAUAUAUUUUUACUCAUUAUUUUUCUAAGAUUAGAGAAGUAAUCCCUACAUAAGCCCAGCAGUCAAAAUUAAAAUUCAGAAUAUAUUCCAUCUGCUUUGAUAGGAUUGCAUUUUGAUUGUUCAUCCUAAAUGUAACUGAAAAUCAAACAAUAAAAAAAGCUUUGCUGUGUU